AAACCUAAAGUUGGAAAGCAACUAACGUAGCCUAGAGUUGCUUGAGUGGCUAGCUAACUUCGACUAGCUACUUUCGGUUCAUGUCCUUUGCAGAUGCCACAUUCCUGACUAUAAAAAAGAUCUAUAACCGAGUAAAGGGAGAUGUAAAGUAAGAUAUGAACGUGUAAAUGUUAAUUCAUAGUCGUAACAUAUGGUUUGUACGUUUACUGAUCUACUUUAAGCGUUACGUUUCAUGUUUCAACCAUGGCGACCUAACAAUUUACUUAUGGACAAUCAACUUACACCGGCUGAAAAUACGCCUACUUGGACGCCCGGGACAUAUUCAUCGAUUCCUCUCAAAAGUGCCGCACGUCCACAGAAAUUGAUUUGGGAUGGUCUGGACGGACUUAAUCUGAACCAAUAAUAGACGUAUAUAUUUCCGGCCAACUCAAGGUCAGGGCGGACAAUAUCUAAAGUGAAUCAAGUGAUUCAAGUGAUUUAAAAAAUAAUAAUAAUAGGAAUCGGUGUGUGCAUGGGGAUAUGUUGGCAGCAGUGUAGUCUAUAUUCUCCUCGAUCGACUAACUUGCUAUUUCUAUUAGGGUCAACGACAAAUAAUAGCCAGGCUACUUUAUAAUAUGGACGUUUUCAAAUACCCUGUUUUCUUCGAGUGCCAGACUCUGGACCCACCACAGAAACAUAUGAUAAAAAGGUACUUUGGAAUUAAACGUAAAUCCGGUGGCGGAGAUUGUGGACCAGUGGAAUCAGUUGGUGACAAAGUCUACAAGAUCGCAUUCAUUGACCAGACAGUCCAGGAGAGGGUACUUCAGAAACCUAAUCAUGUGUUGGAGAUGCCUGGAGGACCUCUCUUCCUCACUCUGAGAGACAGCCUGGAGCCGCCACCCACAACAACCUCCCCAGUCAGCAGUCAGAGUCACCACUCCCUUCCGGUCGAGACAUCUCCACCUGGUGGUCAAGAACAUGUACUCCAUCGUCUGAGCACAGGGAAGCAGGAGAAGAUCAGCACCACCUGUCAUCUGGGACAGGUCCAGCUCCUUCUUCUAGGUGAAGUGAUAGAGAAGGAUCUAGGGGAGGUUGUUCCAGGGGUGAGGGUGACACGCCUUGACUCAGCUCAGCUGGUCCUGCACGGCUACGCAAAUGAAGUCCAGGCAGCCAGACAGUUAGUUACAGAUAAAAUCUCUCUGGUGCUGGAGCGGGUGGUGCCUGAGGUGUCCCCCCACCUCCUGUCCUUCCUGAGGGAGGAGUAUGGGAGGCCUGGGAACCUGAGCAGUCUGCUGGGGUUGGGACUCCAUGUGGAGGUAGAGUUGGGGGACACAGAACUCCGUCUGUUCUCCCUGUCCUCUGGGAAACUGGACCAGGCUGAGAAGGAUCUGCUGGGAGAGUUUGGGGAGGAGAAGAUCGAUUUGCCCAACUGUGGCAUCCUGGCUGAACUGAAAUCUAAAUUUGAGACGAAGGUGAAGGAGAUGAACCAGAGCAGAUGCAGGGUGGUGGCCAGAUAUGGUCCUGGGUGUAGAGUGCAGCUGCUGGGCCACACGAAGGAGGUUCAGGAGCUGAGGGAGGAGAUUGGGGUCUUUCUGAUACGCAGGUCCAGUGUAAGAGUCGUGAGACACCAUCAACAGAAUCAGGAUGGCGUAGUCAGCGAAGCAGGAACCGGAUUAAUACGGGAGGAGAUGGUCGCAGCCACCAGCUAUCGCCUCCGUCUGGGACUGCAGGUAGUGGUGUGUCAAGGUGACAUCACCAAGGAACAGGCAGACGCACUGGUGAAUGCAGCCAAUGAGGACCUUGAUCAUGCUGGGGGCGUGGCUGCAGCUCUGAGCCGGGCGGGGGGGCCUGAGGUACAGCGGGCCAGCAGGGAUCUGGUUAGGCAGAUAGGGAGAGUGCCCACAGGUACAGUGGUAGAGACUACAGGAGGGAAUCUGCCUUGUAAGAUGCUGCUGCAUGCAGUGGGACCAGUAGGGGGCAGCGUAGGUGGGAAUGAGCGCCCUCUGCUGGAGAAGACAGUAAAGACAGUCCUGGAUCUGGCAGAGACCAUGGAACUCCAGACCCUGGCCAUGCCCUGCAUCAGCUCGGGGAUAUUCGGUGUUCCUCUGAAGGUGUGUUCUGAGGCCAUAGUCUCUGCAGUGAGGGACUUUGGGAGGAAACAGCACAUCCUUACCAAAGUCACUCUGAUUGAUGUGAGUGGAGAGGCAGUGAGAGCCAUGCAGGAGGCCUGUGAUAGGCUGUUACAGGGGAAGAGGGAGUUUCCUGGAUGGGAGGUAGAGUCCAGCACCACCACUACCACUACACAUGCUCCUCAGAGAGACACCACUGCUGCCUCCACCAGGGGACCAGUGGCUCCAGAGGUCUGUGUCCAGGUGGAGAUCAUCCAGGGAACCAUAGAGAAACAGGAGGUGGAUGCCCUGGUGUCCCCCAUGGUUGGUAGUGACCCUCUCUCCUCCCGAGUGGGUAAUGUCUUGUCGGAGGCAGCUGGACCGGCGCUGAUGACAGCAUUUCUAAGGGAAUCAGGGGGACGGACUGCACCUGGUGAGAACGUUCUGGUGGAGGGACUGUCUGGUCUCAGCUCUGGCCGUGUCUUCUUCCUCAGAUGUGCACACUGGGACAACAACCCCCAAGGACCAGCAGUACAGGCUCUGAGGCAGGGUGUGAGGAAAAUUCUGACCUCUUGUGAGAACCGGGGUUUCCGUUCCGUUGCCUUCCCUUUAGUUGGAACUGGUGUGGUUCUCCAGUUCCCUCACAACGUGGUAACACAGGUUCUGCUAGAAGAGAUCCGUAGGUAUGAACAGAACCGAGCGAGCAGAACCCCCUUCCUUGUCCGCAUCAUUGUCCAUCCCAAUGACAGAGAUUCUACCAAGGCUUUUCAGACUGCCCAGAAUGCUUUGCAUCUCAGAGGGUUCGUAUUAGGCACUCGACCAGAGCAAGACAUCAGGAUUGUGCUGCUGGGGAAAACCGGAGGAGGUAAAAGCAGUGCUGGAAACACCAUCUUCGGACAAGAUGAUGUGUUCCUCUCAGACAGUUCCUCCACCUCCUCAACACAGAAAUGUAAAGCUCAUACCAAGAACAUCAAAGGGAGAAACAUCACCCUGAUUGACACACCAGGAUUCUUUGACACUGACAUCCCUGAAGAGGAGCUGAAACCUAAAAUAGUUAAAUGUAUAACAGAAUGUGCUCCAGGACCGCAUGCCUUUCUCAUUGUACUGAAAGUGGAACGGUACACAGUCCACGAGAACGAAGCCAUAGCGAAAAUCAAGACAUAUUUUUCACCAGAGGCCUUCAAAUAUGCUACAGUCCUCUUCACUCAUGGUGACCAGCUCAAUGGUUUGACUGUUGAGAAAUUUGUCCAACAGAAUGCUGAUCUGAACAAGCUUGUGGAGAAAUGUGGAGGCCGCUAUCACGUCAUCGACAACAAAUACUGGAACACCAAUCAGCAGGGUCGGUACAGCAACCAGUACCAAGUAGCAGAGUUACUCAACACUAUAGAGAAGAUGGUGAGAGAUAACGGAGGAGGGUUCUACACCAACGAGAUGCUCCAAGAGGCAGAGAGUUUAAUACAAGCAGAGAUAGAGGGUCUUAGGAAGGAGUUAAAAGGCCAGAUGUCAGAGGAAGAGAUGAGAAAACAAGCCAAGAAAAGAGCGAGGAAGAAACUCCUGAUCAAAUGGUCAGGGAUAGCAACAGGUGCAGUGAUAGGAGCUCUAUUUGGCGUAAUACUGGCGAUAAUGAUUCCACUCUCAUUCGCUACACAACCAUUGAUCAAUUUAGUCAAAAGUCAGAUAGCAGCUUCAAUGACAAUAGGGCCAGCAGCUGCGGCGGAGCUAGCAGGACCAGUACUUACACUAGAGUCAGGGGUGGGAGUGGGUUCAGGGAUAGGUGCAGGGGUAGGCAUAGCUGCAGGAGUUGUCGUUGGGAUGGCAGCAGCAGCAGGAGGAGUAAGAGGAGGGAUAGUAGGAGCUACUGCAGCAGAGGAGGCAGAGACAGUACAGGAGGCAGCAGAGGAAGCAGCCAAUGCUGUCUUCGAGGAUGCUAAGGGUCUUUAUCACAAAGCAGAAAACAUUUUCACACGUUUCAGUAAAUCUAAAUAGAUGAUAUAUACCUGAAACCAUUGAUUGAUAGCAACAUGUGUUUCAACAUCUGACUAAUAACUAUGUAGACACCAGUCAGUUCUAUACCACUGUAGAAUAGCUGCUUGUCCAAAAUAGCUGCUUGUCAAAAUGUUUAUAAAAAUAUAUAUUUAGCAUAUAUUUUUCAUUUUUAUAGUUUUGUAAAAAUCAAGGGAUAUAUAUUGCAAAUAGUAAUGUGGCCGUCCUGAAAAUGUUUCAGCUGGUUAUUGACAUUCAAAAGGCUGAUUUUAUAGUUCGAGGAAUAUAAUUGAAUUUAAUAUUAUGUUUUUUCCAUAUCGGAUCGUGUUCGCAUAUGAAGUGGCUAUAUGUUGGACUGUCUUAGAAAUCAAAACGUAUAUGGGCUGCAUGAUGCGACUAUAGGCAAUUGAUGAUUUUAGAAAGUCGCAAAAAAACUUGGCGCUUUGUUCCUUGCCUGAUCACAUUUUCUCCCAUCAAACUAAUCUCAGUUUAAUCUGUCUUUACCCAAAUGUAAAAUGACUUUAGAUUUAGAAUAGCCCUUUAUCAAUUAGGCAGGAACAGGGGCAGGGGGAAAAUAAAUGUAAUCUGUAUGCACUCGAAUAGCGAAUGGGGACCACUUCCUGCUAUUCCGGUUAUUUCACACCACACAACAACCACUGUUUGAGGUGCAUGCAGCCUCUUGCUGCACGACAGGUGAUAUUCUGCCCAAACUCUGAAUACUAUGGGCUCUCCAACCCUGUUCCUGCAGCUACCCAGUGGGCUCUCCAACCCUUUUCCUGCAGCUACCCGGUGCUUAAUUUGGGGAACCAAGUUAAAUCUGUUAAGAACAUUGAUAGUAACAUGUUUUAACAACGAAAUAUAUUUAAUUAGACUGUUUACAGCCCCUCUCUGUGCGUGCUCAAGAACGGAAUGAUGGGGAGAGGGGAAGAGACGGAAACGCGUGGUGGUGAGAUAUUCUGUAGCUAAUCGUAAUGCGUAAGCCUAUUAAUUAUGAAGAAAGGAAAAAAACGAUUACAAGGAUAUUCAAAAUCCUGUACACAUUCCCUUUAAUUGUUGGCUAACUCUGAAUUCGUAUAGGAUAGACCAGUUAUGUACAUCAGUUUUAAAAUGCUAUUCUGCCCAUGCAUAAUAUGUGGUAGGCUAUGUAUAACAGCACAAUCAUUAUUUUAAUUCACGUUUUUUUUCAGGCUUGGGCUCAGAUAUAGGCUUACAUGUAUGCAUAAGCUCUAAUAGCAUAAGGUUGUUGUUUAAUUCGUCAUCACCUUAGAUAGCGCUGUCCAUUUCAUUGUGUUAGGCUUUGAAACAACAUCCAUGUUUUCCAUUCAGUUUCAACCUGUCAUUGAACUUCUUUCUUCAAAGUGAUCAAUCACAGUGAGAUGAGUUUUAAAAGCUGUGGGAUUCUGUGUUUUACAUUAUAGUCAUUACCAUAUAUUUGAUUAAAUAUUAUCUGAUGUUGGCUGUGUGGGGUAUCUGCAUUUGUGCACUUGAGCAUCAUUAUGAGAUUAAACAACUGCUUGCUACA